AAAUUGCGUGUAGUUAAACAAAUGUCAAAUGCGAGGAACACCCUUCGCUGAGGUUAAAGGGAGGAAAUUAGGAAAACAAAACAAAAGUGAAAGUUAAAGGGAAAGCUAAUAUGCGGGUGGGUCCAAUCCAACCUCCUCAACGAGAAACACACCUCAUUACUUUUGGAUAGAGUCUCAUACAGAUAGAUAAUUGCAUUGCUUUACUCAAUUUUUAGCUUCACUGGCCACAAGGUCUCAAUUCUGAAGUUCCAAAUUCAGUAUGGGAGUUUUACCAUUUCUCUUGGUUACACCUCCAUGUGCUGCUCCUUUACCUGCAUCUCCUGGGUGUAUGGAGGAUACAAAUCUCAACUAUUCUGCAUCUAAGAGCUUGCAAUUGCAUGAUAGAGUUUCCACAUUAACAGUUAAAGGGUUUUCAAGAAGGUUGAUUCUUCAGUUUUUGGGCAUUAAUCACAUAAUAAGUUGUGCUUCUCCUGCUUUGGCUGCACCGGUUAUGACAGAUAUGAAGGAACCUGAAGUCAUCCGGACAUUGAAGCUAGCCAGUGGAGUGAGAAUACAAGAUAUUGUUGAAGGGGAAGGACCAGAAGCGCGUGGUGGAGAUUUGGUAGAAUUCAAUUAUGUAUGCCGGCGUGCAAAUGGAUACUUUGUUUUCAGUACAGUGGACCAAUUCAGAGGAGAAAGCAGUCCUGUUACACUUGCUUUGGAUGAGAACCAGAUGAUAAUAGGAUUAAAGGAGGUCUUGACUGGCAUGAGAGUUGGUGGAAAGAGAAGAGCACUGAUCCCACCUUCAGCAGGAUAUGUAAACGAGAACUUGCAACCAAUACCUGAAGAGUUUGGCCCUCGGCGCAGUCUAUUUGCUCAUGCACAAGAACCUUUGGUGUUCGAAGUUCAACUUUUGAAAAUCUUGAGUCUUCCACAACCACCAUCAAUAUUAAACUAAGUUUUUUAUUUCUUGCAUCAACCUGCAUUUCAUUGUUUUAUGUUAAGCUGCAGAAUCAUGAUCUCUUAAGACCUUAGUGGGAGAAGAAUGAACAUAAUGUGUUUCACAGGAUGGAAAAGUGGUAGGAAAAGGAAGAAUUGCAUAUGUAAAGAAUAUUUUUUUAUUUUUUGUUCCUAUUUUGGGCCUUAAUGUACUAGACAAUGCAAUUGCAUAAUAGGAAGAAAUGCUCAGACAGUAAUAUGAAUAUAUCACUCAUGUUAAAUAUAGAGAGUUCAAAUAAUCAAGCUUUCUGUCAUGUUUUC